UUCCUUGUUCUGUCCACUACAUACGACCACAGGGUGUGGAGAACAGGGCUUCCCGUCCGCUCAGCCGUACUUAAGCCACACGCCGGGAGGUUAGUAGUUGGGUGGGUGACCACCAGCGAAUCCCUUCUGUUGUAUGUUUUUGUGCCUUCAUUUUUAUUUUUGUUUUCUAUUUCCCCUAUCAUCUCCUUCUUUCAUUAUCUCUUUGUUUUUAAAUUAAUUCAUGUAAUGACUGUAUGGUUACACUUAUACGCCAGGUUAAACCGAUUUUGUGUCUGGUGGGAUGGAGCCAGUUGGUUUCAAAACGCAACACAAUACAAGGUUUGCAUCACGCACCACAUCAGUAUCAUACAGCUAAGUUCAAGAAUUGAACAUCCUAUCGACCAUUAUCAUGGAUACGAGGUAUAA